AUGCUCACCCCACCCCCGGACACGCCUGGCAAGGCAUGGCCCGCGAUCCUCAUCGGCCUGUUCGUGGCCUUUGGAGGUGUUCUCUUCGGUUAUGAUACUGGCACAAUCAGUGGUAUCCUGGCCAUGCCCUUCUGGCUCCGGGAAUUCUCCACCGAACCCGAUGGCACACUUACAGCAUCCCAAGACUCCCUGAUCGUGUCUAUUCUUUCGGCGGGAACCUUCUUCGGAGCUCUCACCGCUGCACCUUUCGGUGACUUGCUUGGUCGUCGAUGGGGUCUUAUGGCGGCUGCCGGUUUGGUCUUCAAUCUCGGUGUCAUUCUACAGACCGCUGCUGUCAGGCAACCCCUCUUCAUCGCCGGGCGUUUCUUCGCUGGCUAUGGUGUCGGUCUUGUUUCUGCUUUGAUUCCCAUGUACCAGUCCGAGACGGCUCCCAAGUGGAUUCGAGGCACCAUUGUUGGCGCCUACCAGCUUGCUAUUACUAUCGGUCUGUUCCUUGCGGCCAUUGUCAACAACUCCACCAAGGACCGUGAUGACUCUGGCUCCUACCGCAUUCCCGUCGCAGUGCAGUUCCUGUGGUCGCUGAUCCUCGUGAUUGGUCUUUUCUUCCUGCCCGAGACCCCACGCUACCUCAUCAAGACAGACCGCUAUGACGAAGCUGCCAAAUCACUUGGGAAAUUGCGCCGUCUUCCUGUGGACGACCCCGCUGUGAUUGAGGAGCUCAACGAAGUCCAGGCCAACCAUCUUUACGAGAUGUCUCUCGGAAAAUCCACCUACAUCGAAUGCUUCAAGGGAACCCUGGGCAAGCGCCUUAUCACCGGAUGUAUGCUCCAGGCUCUGCAGCAGCUGACGGGUGUGAACUUCAUCUUCUACUACGGUACUCAAUACUUCAAGAACGCUGGUUUCGAGAAUGCCUUUAUUAUCCAGGUCAUCACCAAUUCGGUGAACGUCGCAUCCACCUUCCCCGGUCUGUACUUGGUUGAGAAGAUGGGCCGACGCAACCUCCUCUUGAUGGGGGCCAUUGGAAUGUGCUGCUGCCAGUUCAUUGUGGGCGCAGUCGGUAUGACCGCUGAUGCAUCCGUUGACGCGGGCAACAUCAAUACUUCCGCCCAAAAGGCUGCCAUCGCAUUCGUGUGCAUCUACAUCUUCUUCUUCGCCAGCUCCUGGGGCCCGGUCGCCUGGGUCGUCACCGGCGAGAUGUUCCCGCUGAAGGCCCGUGCCAAGUGCCUUUCCAUGACCACCGCCAGCAACUGGCUUCUCAACUGGGCUAUUGCGUACUCAACCCCCUACAUGGUAGAUGCCGACCACGCCAACCUGCGCUCGAAGGUGUUCUUCGUGUGGGGCAGUUUCUGUUUCGUGUGCAUCGCCUUUGUCUUUUUCAUGAUCUACGAGACCAAGGGUCUCACCCUCGAGCAAGUCGACGAACUCUACGGCGUCGUCAGCCAGGCCUGGAAGUCGAAGAAGUUCCGCCCCAAGGUUCAAUUCUCAGAGAUUGACAAUGUCGGCCCCGAUGGCCGCAAGCUCAGUUUGGCCGACGUCGGCGCAAACCAGGAGCGCAAGCGCAGCAUCCACGAUGAGCCGCAGGUCACCGAGAAGGUUUAG